CGCCCUUGCUUUUGUCAUGCGUGAGUCAGUCGAACUGAAUGGUUGGUUACUUCGUCCGUCCGUCCUCGCCCUACCUAUCUCUAAGUCCCACACGGUCCUCAUGUCUCUCCUAUGCUCUCCGUCGUGCUUCGUCCAUGGCAGACCAGCUUCUCUCCACAGUAACCCACCACGGCUCCCUGCCGGAGACCUACGUCCGUCCGGAGUCGCAAAGGCCUCACCUAAAUGAAGUCCUCCGCGACGCCGACGUCCCCACCAUCGAUCUCGGCUCAACGGACUUGUCGCAGACCGUAGCGCAAGUCGCCGACGCCUGCAGCACCUACGGCUUCUUUCAGGUGGUGAACCAUGGAGUGCCGAUCGAGUUGAUGCUGAAGAUGAUGGCGGUGGCUUUGGAGUUCUUUCGCCUCCCUUCCGAAGAGAAGGCGAAGCUCUACUCCGAUGACCCUGCCAAGAAGAUGAGGCUGUCGACGAGCUUCAACGUCCGGAAGGAGAAGUUCCGCAACUGGAGGGACUAUCUCCGGCUCCAUUGUUAUCCUCUCGAGGAGUUCGUGCCUGGUUGGCCUUCCAAUCCCUCUUCAUUUAAGUACAACAUGCAGAAAUUUCAAAGAUUAAUUUCAACUCUCUUAAGGAGAAAAAGAAAAGAAAAUGCCAAUAAUGAUCAACCAGAUUAUAUGACUUCACCCGAAGCAACACAGUUCAUUUUGUACUGUUAUGUUGUCAGGGAAGUGGUCAGCAGUUACUGCAGGGAAGUCCGUCAACUGGGGUUUCGACUCCUCGGACUAAUAUCGAUCGGCCUGGGACUGGAGGAGGACUACAUGGCGACGGUGCUCGGCGAGCAAGAGCAGCAUAUGGCCGUAAACUACUACCCAAAGUGCCCGGCGCCGGAGCUCACGUACGGUUUGCAGGCGCACACCGACCCGAACGCCCUCACUCUCCUUCUUCAGGACCCAGACGUGGCCGGGCUUCAGGUUCGUAAGGACGGCAAGUGGAUCGCUGUCAAUCCCCAACCCAACGCAUUCGUCGUCAACAUUGGUGACCAGCUUCAGGCACUGAGUAAUGGAAGAUACCGGAGCGUUUGGCAUCGGGCUGUGGUCAACGCGGACAAAGAGAGGAUAUCGGUGGCGUCGUUCCUUUGUCCCUGCAACAAUGCCAUCAUCAGCCCUCCGGAGAAGCUCGUCGCCGACGGAUCUCCGGCCAUGUACAGGAGCUACACCUACGACGAGUACUACAAGAAGUUCUGGAGCAGAAACCUGGAUGACGAGCACUGCUUGCAGCUCUUCAGAAGCUAAUGCCUAAUGCUGCUGCCCGUGGCAUGCAACAGGAUGAGUGCUCUACGUGGCAACCUUGCUGAUGUGGACAUCUCGGAUUGGUCAAAAGUGGGACGAUUUCAUGACAUGUCUCGGCAGCGUUUCGGCUUUUGUGUAGUAAGACAAAUAAUGUUUGACCGUAUUUUGACUUCAAUAAACUAAAACAUUGCAAGGGAAUAAUAAA